UAUUCAGAAGAGAGGAGGGAAAAAAAGAUUUAUUAUAUUUAAAGCCUCUGAAUGGUGUCCUUGUCUAUAGGGAAAAUUGGCACGCUCAGAGCACUCUCUUACAGAGAGCUAAUUAUUUCACUUCCACCUACAGCAUACUUGCUGUGUCAGGCAAGCUGCUGACAUUUAUUCUCCUCUGUGGCAGCGGUGGAUUGUUCGAUGGCACAGCCAGCACGUGAUAUGCAGGGUAGUGUGAUGCUGGGCUUCCGUGGGCACUCGUCCACCCAUGGCUACUGAGCAUAGCUCGUGAGCAACCCUAGGUGCUGUUCCCCUCUUUCAUACGGCCCUUUGGCAUGUGUGAGGCAUUAAGCCUGGGUUAAGCCACCCAGGAGGGUGGGGGGAAGGCACUGCGUUAAGCAGGCAAAGUGACGUGGCCCACUGCCUUGCUCACUUUGCAGUUGAAGCUGGAGCCUGGGGCUUCAGGCUGGCUGCAACAGCAGGAUCCUCAGUGUGAUCGUAAACAAAGCUGUGAUGUAAAGGAGAUGGGGAUAGAUGAGACCAAACAGUGUUUAAAAACCACACAUCCCCCUGUGCAGUGGGAAGAGGCAGACUGUGUGCAGGACUCCACCACAGUGCUGCCUGGCUCCCUGCCCUUGUCCCCUCUUCCAGCCAGCAGAUCUGCAUAACUGCAGUGUUAACCAGCAGAACUUGGGUUCAGAUGUCAACCAGACGGAGGAAAGGACGUGCCCCUUGACAGAGUCUAAAUGUGGUUUCUGUGCCUAAAUAUAUCACUUUGUUCUUUCCAUCGAUGGAGCACAGCUCUGUCCUGUGGGGUUUGUGUUGGUUGCAGCUCAAGCUCCUUAUUCGUACUCGGAGGUCUGUGUUCAUCCCAAGCUUUUGCUGCAGCCAUGUGGAUGGGCUCAGCCGAUCAGGGGGUGCAUCAGCUGGAGGAGCAGUGGAUGGCGCAGUGAUAAGGGUGACCUCCACCCUGCUCUGGUGCACUGAGAGGCACCAGGGAUCACUGCUUGCCCUGGAGCCAGUGACAGGGCACUGUGUGCUGUGACCUGUGUCAGCAUGGCACUGAUGAGGUUCACCUGCUGCCAGUCUGCCCUGAACGAUGAGCUGGAGGCCUGCUCUCUGCAUGCUGCAGGUGGAGGUAGUGCUGGCACUGGGGACAGAAGCAGGCUGCCCUUGUGUCCUGGCUGGCUGCGCCAUGGUCAGAGCCUUUGUUUUCCUGAGGUCUUUAUCUGUCAUUUCUCUGGGUGGCUUUCAGGCAGGUGACCACUGAUGUUCUUCUUGCUUCAUCCUGUAUUUGCUGCUACAAGUGUGUCUGGACCAAGCUUGUCCCCUCCACGUUUCCUGCAGAUCUUGGUCCCCAUCCAGAUGCUUCUGACCCCACUGGUGUCCUCUUGGUGCUGCGGUUUGUGCAGUGUGAGAACACAACAUUCUCUUACCUCCAUUCUUAGUUUUCCCUGCAGUGUGUUAUGAGGUGAGUGGCAGUGUAGGAUGGCUCAGAAAGUUAGAAUUCAGGACCCAAUGAAUGAUUGUCAUGGGUAACAGAAACAGGAAGCAUUCUAGUCCUUUGGAAGCAGCCCUGGGGGCAGCAGGGUGAUGCCUUCCUAGAUUGCUCCAUCCUGCUGCUGAGUUGAGACCAAAAGCCCUGGAGACUGUCUGGGCCCUCUGCUUGCCCUGCUACUGGAGGGCUGGGGAAGAGCCCAUCUCAUCCAGGUGCCAGGAGGACAGGCUCCUUGAGGCUGUCACAGGAGGAAGCAGUCUAGACUUCCUCUGUCUGUCCAUUCUGCUGCUCUCCACCACCGUCAUGCCAGGAGAGUCAUUCGUUGUGGAGGGUGAAGCAGUGCCAGUGCUGAUGGCAUGGGGAGACUCUGGGAAACCCAAGUUGGAUUCACUGAAGGGAGUCUCUGUCCCACUCUGAAACCAGGAACUGUUUUUGGAGGUCUGAGUGGCUCACAGGGGGCUCUGUUCCCCAGGUGGGCUCCAAUGCAUGGCUGGGUGGGACAAGGUCUCGCCUAUAUGUUUACUCUGCAGGGCUGGAGAAGGGAAAGGAAGUUGUUGGAGGCUGCGAUGUCCUUUCUGAGGGUGGAAGGGUGGUGCCAGGUUUCAGGGCUGAAGCCUUCCUUCACUGUUGUGGUGCAGCACUUGGCCAGCUGAACAGGGCUAGGGGUUCUGCAGACACCGACCUCAUGUGUGUCCCCAGCCUGUGUCCUGCUGAGCAGGAUCUGGCAGCAAGGGUGGGAGGCUCUGCAGCUGCAGAGGCUGUUGCUUAAUGCAGUGGUCUGUUGAAAUGCAGCCUUGUGGUUUUAACCCGAGGUGAUGCUGCUGAGGAGUGCCCCUGCUGAAGGGGAAGAGGACCCAGACUUCCCUCUUUGGGCAGUCCCCAUGCAGAAGAGAGGAGCCAGCUCUCACUGCAGGCUGAAAAGCAGUUCUGUGAUGUGGGGUGUCUGCCCCUUCCUUCUCUCCCAGGGCAGCUGGACCCAGCACAAGGGCAGGGCUGUGUACCCUGUGACUUCUGCACGAGCAUGGGAACCAUGACUGUCAGCUAGAUGUGCUGGGAGGAAACAGGGAUCAGCACAGUGCUGGAAGCGUUGGGGCUUUGUUCAUGGCAAGCCCUUUCACAGUCCUGCACCAUCCUCCUCACCCAUCCUUUGUGUUGGGCAGCUCAGCUCAUUUGCAGCACCAGGAGUGCCUGGAGGCAACUGGGGUCUCUGACUAGCACUUUUUCUUUUCUUUUUUUUUUUUUUUUCGUGCAUGUCUUUGUUUUGUUUCUUCCCCUCUUGUGCUAUUUUGCUGAAUGUGAAGGAUUUCUAGUGACCUGGUCUGUCUCCACCCGCUGCCAUUUGCUGUUUCUUCUGCUUUUCUGGAAGUGGGUGGGUGAUGCCAGCAAAGCCCUGUGCUGAGUGAAGGCUGCUGUGCAGCAUUACCUGCAUCUGCUCUUCCCCAUCCUUGUGCCUCUCCCCCCUACACAGACAGGGUACUGCACAAGAAGGCUCUCGGAAAACGGAUAUAAAUGAGUGCUGUGAACUGCAACAUCCCUGUGGGAGCUCUGAGCCUGCUCUGCAUCCUGGAGGGAGGGGGGGGAGAAGGUGUAAGGCUGUGAUCACUGCGAAUGUGGCAACCUGAAAAGCAUUCUGCUUUAACAGAGCACAGUUUACUCUCCCACAUGUGCUUUUCUAAUUUCCCCAUAGUGGGACAAGGCAGGAGAGCUGACGGCUGUGCAAGAGGGUGCAAGAGCUCACUGCUGUGGUGAUGAAGAGCUGAGCAGCCCCAGCAGCAUGGCAGAGCCACAGCAGCAUGUGGUGAUGGGGCAGCGCAGGCACAGGAUGCUGUGGGUUACCUGCUCCCCAGCAACAGACUGUACAAGCCAGAUGAAACCCUCCACUGCAGAUAGAGAGAGGAAAUUGCUGAAGUUUUGAAGCAGUUUCAUGGCCAAGCAGUGUGAACUGGGGACAGAUGGAUCCAGGGGACGCCUGCUGGCACACAGGGCUGUGAGGGGAGGUGGGGUGCUAUGGGGCAGUCAGGCUGCUCGAUGUGCCACUGCAAAAGCGACAUCACAGCAAGAGCCCCAGCGCAUUAGGAGUGACCACGCUGUGUCGGAGUGCUCCUCCAGGUCAGAGCAACCCAGUGUCCUCGUGCAGCCCAGUGUUCUGGUGGGAAAAGCCUGCCCAGGGCCCCCGCUGCCUCCACGAGCUGCCCACAGCUUUCCCAGCUUUUUUUUUUUUUUUUUUUUUUCUUCCUUUUCUUUUUGUCUGCCUGGAAGAGGCUUUUCUCCAGUGCUGUUGCAGAAGGAACAGUUCACGGGCCUCUGCCCUGUGACAUGCCAGUUGGGUGAGUAACAAGUUGGCUGAGCUGAGGGCGUGUGCUCUUAAUUGGGCUUCAGUUAGAAACCUCAGCAUAAGUUCAGGGACAUCAGCUGUUCCACCCCAGGCCACUAUCCGGUGUUUGGUGAAAUACCUUUUGAGAUAAGGUUUGUUUUUGUUGUUUUGUUUUUUGUUUUGUUUUUUUUUUAAUUCUUUUUCUCACACUGUUGAAAGUUCCUGGAGUUCGUGCACCCAGGGCAGAACCAGCCCUGCCUGGGCGAGAGGAGCAGCUCUGUUGUCCCCAGGAGGACAGCAAUGUCUUUAAGUGUGUGUAAUUCAAGUCACAGUGGCUUCAACAAAUGUACAUGUAUUUAUUCUCCCGGGGAACACCGUAAUUGCUGAGCUUAGCACUCAGACUUCAGUUUGUUGUGUCUAUGAGCUAGGUGCCCAAAUCCAUCCUGUCACAUCCCUCGCAUGUCCCAUUGGGCUGCAAAGCAGGAGGAUCCCUUGGCUGAGCUGUCGGCGAGGGCUGCUGGGCUCUGGCUGCGUGGGAUGGGCUGCUGUGUUGCCUUUUUCAGUGACAGGAGCUAAAACAGUGAGUAUCUGCACGUGUUUGUGAGGUGUAAUUGCAGCUGCCUUUGGGCUUAUAAAUGCACUUGGGGCAUUUUCAUUUCAUAUACAAACUGCUUUGGAGCAGAGGGAGGGCUGGUGCUGCUGCCACUUCCCCUCCACAGUGGGCAGGCUGAGCAGGCAGUGUGGAAGUCCCUGGCUUUCUUGCAUGGAGGAAGUCAUUACAGACAGGAUGUUUGUCCCAGGCUGUUUGCUGGAGACCCUGCAGCUGGUUGUAGGACACUGGGCAGGGGGCUGUGCACCCAGCACACUUUGAAAGAGCUGCUACAAGCUCUUGUAUGGAUGCCUACAUCGAGCUGCAGUGUGAUUCACAGGUACACAGGACUGUGUUUGGGCUGUGUGAGGCUGCUGAGGCUGAGAAGCCCAGCCUCACCCAUCAGCUGAGGGCAGCUGAGCACGGAGCAGGCAUCAGCUUGGCACAGAGUGGAGAGGCAAAGGGCAGCUCAAGAUCAGCACUGCUGAUAGUGAGGUCAUGGAUUCAGCCCUGCCUUGGAGACACAUAGACAAAGGUAUUGUCUGCCUGUGAAUCGAGGAAUGUAACAACAGUCCCAAGCAAAGCAUUAACCCAUAACUCACAGCCCUUGGGUACACCUCCUUGUUAUAUGGGCUCUUUGCCAGCAGGACUUCUGUUGGUGUUUUUUUUUUUCACUCCUCCAAGCUCCUCUUUGCAGCCAGACCAAUGAGGUGCCCAUGCUGGGGUCAGUGCCUGGACUGCUUCCCUGCCUGCUCCCAGCCACAUAGGCACCGGUGCAGCCCCCAGCCUCCUGCAGCCCCCAGCCCAAGUGCUUGCAUGCAGAGAAGGCUGCAUGCUGCUGACACCAGGCCUGUGUUCCCACCUGGCUUGAUGGUGAAACUUUUUUAAAGCUGGCCCUGCUCCUGGAAGAAAGGUUUGUACGUGUGGUGUAUGAGCUAUGGGAUUGGGAGUUGGAUUUAUUUAAGUCAGGAUUUCUGGGCUGAAAUGAGCCCAUUAGGGUUUUUUGGAUGUUCAGACUAUCUAACCACACCCGUAAUUAUUAUUUGGCAUCUCUGCCCUUGUUGAAAAUGCGUAUUUUAAAAUUUCAUAUAUUUUCCAUAUUCCCAGUGGCUGGCUUGCUGCCUGCUGUGCCUGCAUAAGCACAGACAUUCAUGCUAUUUCAGAAGUAGUAUUUCCCUAAUAUUCUCAUUGCUAGCCUGUGAACCAGAAUGAAACCCAAUAGAAAUGCACUACAGCCCACGCUGAACCAGAGUGGGCUCUGUCAUGCUCAGCCCUUCCCCAUGGAGCAGCUCUCCCUGGAGCACAUCCAGCUGUGCAGUGGUGCAUGCAGUGCCUGUGACCUGGGACAGGGAUCCCAGCAUUGUGCCCACCAGGCUUGGCUCUCACCAAGCCCUCUGCUUUCUUCCCAGAUUCAAAAUAUGUUCCUUAAGCUGGAGGUUCUGCAGAGGAAGCUUCAGGAAAUGCCAGGCGCAAAGAGCUGUGAAGCUGUUUGUUGGGCAUUUGCAACAUAAGCACCCGUGUCACCUGGAUGCGGCAUUAGCAGCUGAUUUGAAUUGGGCUGCUGGAAGUUUGGGGAUUUCUGAGACUGCUCAGAGCCAAGAGCUGAGCCUGGUGGCACUGGAGGGCUUCUCAUCAGGUCUCUACUGAUUGAAACUGAGGGUUGAACUCAGAAACUCCCCAUCUUUGGGCAGGUGAUUCCCAAGGCUCCUAGCUCCAGCAGGAAAGGAUUGCUCAUGUGGGAUGAGCAAAACCACAGAUGUGAUUCAGUGAUGAGACAGGUUAAUCUGUGUGGGCAGGUCGGUCAGUGACGUGAAGAAGUGAUGCUCACACUUACAGGUCUGAGCUGCAUUUGGAUGAUGGUGGAGAUCUCCAUGCUGAGGCAGGAUGUAACUUUUGCCUUUGAUAGUGAAGUGCUGAUGCUGUAGUUAAUGGUACAAACUCAAGUAAGAAAAGGUGUGAUAACAUCACCUGUUACUGUGAGGGCUCCGCUGGCCCACUGUCUUCCUCCCUGCCAGCCUUGUGCUCAGCUCUGAGUCAGCACAGAUUUGUUCUCCUGAUUUUCAAAUCUUUUGAGUGUCUUCCCAAUUGCUUCUCUCCAUCUGCUGCUUCCCCAGCUUGCUCAAAACACUUCCCCCCCCCCCUCCUGGCCUCUGGUUAUUCUUCUCUGCUUCCUCCAACUGUGCUUGUGUAAUACUGCCCAACCUGUCUGUGUUUCUCCCAGCAUUGUCUCCCCUCUGACUCUUGGACCAAGGCCGAUUCUCACGGCACACUCAGAGGUGUGCUGCAUCUCAUUGUGGGUCCCCUCUCCAGGACAAAGCAGCCAUGUCUUCCACCACGGUCCGGGUUAGGAAAUAACAUACAUUGUGUCCUUGUGUAGGAAGCACAGAACGAAGGGCUGAGCUGUAACUCAGUUGUGGCUGCAGAUCUCAGACCAUGGGGCAAAGGGAGAUCGAACCUCCUCCUGUUGGAUGGAGCAGCGCUGAGCAACAUGAACUUCCCAUGAAGGGCAGUUUCAGCUCAGGGAGCUGUGCUGGAAAACACUGCCUGCAGUGUGCUCAGUCCUUGUCCUCAGAGUAAACUCUGGCAUAUUGCCUCUCAGGCAUGUCACCCUGCAUUGCUCUAGCAAGGAGUAGAAGAGCUUGUUGGGGCACUAGGCUGUGAAGUGUCUCUUGUCCUUCUUCACCCCUGGCUGCUUGAAAUUUUUUGUUUGCUUAUCUAAGCAGCCCCAUCUGCCUUGAAUGUAAGCAAGGAGCUGGGGUCAGCACUGAACUGUCCCUGAAGAAGGCUGCAGAGGCAGGGGAUAAGGGCUGUGUGCUCCCUGCAGGCUGUGCAUCUGUGGGCUGAGGUUUAGUGGUGCUGGACUAUGCACGUGGCCCUGUGUCCUGUAUCUUGCACCCUGUGGGACUUGCAUCCCCAUUGUGCCAUGUUUAAUGCCUGGUGGAUGCAGCCCUUGGGGCAGGCGGGGGACGAAGAGGGGAAGGCAGCAGUGGAAUGUGAGAGAUGGGCAGGGUUCUGCUUGUGUCCCUGGGAGACAAACAGCAACAAUCUGGCAAAUGCACUCAACCUCUUUGCUCACAUAUUUUUCCCUCAAAUUGCUCAAAGUCAAGAGAGCAAUGAACUACUGAGUAAUGGGAGGUUGGAAGACCCAUCUAGCCCUUCCCAUCCCUUCCAAACAAAAUCCUGCCUGAUUUCUCCCUGCCACGUCAGCUCCCAGCUAUGACAGCUAUCUCAUCCUGUUGGCAAGGCCGCGUCUCUGGAGCAGCCUUCGCUCCAAAAGGCAGUGGAAAAAGAUGUAAACAAACACGGGGAGCGGAGCUGAGGCCGUCGGCUGUGGCUAGGCCUGCAGAUCAUGAUCGAGUUUUGCCCAGGCGGGGCGGUGGAUGCCACCAUGCUGGAGCUGGACCGAGGCCUGACCGAGCCCCAGAUCCAAGUGAUUUGCCGCCAGAUGCUGGAAGCUCUCCGCUACCUUCACAGCAAGAAAAUCAUCCACCGGGACCUGAAGGCCGGCAAUGUGCUCCUCACACAGGAUGGGGACAUCAAGCUGGCUGACUUUGGUGUGUCUGCCAAAAACGUGAAAACCUUGCAGAAGCGAGACUCCUUCAUUGGGACCCCUUACUGGAUGGCCCCGGAGGUGGUGAUGUGCGAGACCAUGAAGGACACUCCGUACGACUACAAAGCAGACAUCUGGUCCCUGGGAAUUACGCUGAUCGAAAUGGCCCAGAUUGAGCCGCCCCAUCAUGAGCUCAACCCCAUGCGAGUCCUGCUGAAGAUUGCCAAAUCUGACCCUCCCACGCUCAGCUGCCCUUCCAAAUGGUCCCUGGAGUUCAGAGACUUCCUGAAGACAGCGCUGGACAAGAACCCUGAGACCCGACCCAGUGCAGCCCAGCUGCUCGAGCAUCCCUUCGUUAGCAAGGUGACCAGCAACCGGGCCCUGCGUGAGCUGGUGGCUGAGGCUAAGGCAGAGGUGCUGGAGGAGAUCGAGGACAGCCGGGAUGAGGCAGAGGAUGAUGACUCAUCCGAGUCAGCCUCACUGCCUGGAAAGCACAAGCGAGACCCCUCUGAAGUGAGUCAGCUGAGUUUUGAUGGGGACAAACCUCCAGACUCUUCCUCACUCAAAACAGCUAAUGGUCCUGUAGCGACUGACAAGGAAAUGGUGAAUGGACAGAGUGAUAAAGUCUUGGAUGAAGGGAUAAGCAGUGACAGUGACAAGUUGGUGAAUAGCCACUCCACUAAAACCCUUGCCAGCUCCGGCCCAGAUGAAGGGAAAGCCACCCCAGGCAAACCAGACAUCAUCUCGCUGUCUGGACGGCGGGGUAGUUCAGCAGAGGGGGAUAAGCAGCCCAUGCCAGGCAGCAAGGAGCGGAGGAGCAUGGUGGACCGACCAGAGAGCAGCCACCUGGAAAACUUCCCAGAAGAGAAACUUGCCAAUGGAAGCUUGGAUUCAUCAGCAGUGUUCCCUGGCAGCCGGUCCAAAGGGGACUCAGAUUCUGGCAGCACGUCAGCCUCAGAGAGUAUGGACCUCACCAUCUCCCUGUCUGCUGACCUGUCACUCAACAGAGAGAGUGGUUCCAUCUCCCUGAAGGAUUCCAGGAUGCACAACAAGACUCUGAAACGCACCCGCAAGUUUGUGGUGGAUGGAGUAGAGGUCAGUGUCACCACCUCGAAGAUCAUCAGCGAGGAUGAAAAGAAGGAUGAAGAGAUGAGGUUUCUCAGGCGCCAGGAGCUGAGGGAGCUGCGUCUGCUUCAGAAGGAGGAGCACCGAAACCAGGCCCAGCUCAACAGCAAGCAUCAGCUGCAGCUGGAGCAGAUGCUCCGGCGCUUUGAGCAAGAGAUGACAGCUAAGAAGAAGUUCUACGACACUGAGCUGGAGAACCUCGAGCGGCAGCAGAAGCAGCAGAUUGAGAAGAUGGAACAAGAUCACUCGCUGCGCCGCCGGGAAGAGGCCAAGCGCAUUCGCUUAGAGCAGGAACGGGACCAUGUGAAGUUCAUGGAGCAGCUGAAGCAGAAGAAAAAGGAGGUCAAGAAUGAGGUUGAAAAGCUGCCACGGCAACAGCGCAAAGAGAAUAUGAAGGUGAAGAUGGAUGACUUUGCCCAGAGAAAACAAACCAUGGAACAGGAUUUUUUGGCCAAGCAGAAGGAAGAUCUGGAGCUAGCCAUGAAGAACAUAACUGCCCAGAACAAAAAAGAGAUCUGUGACAAGGAACGCGAGUGCCUGAACAAAAAGCAGCAGCUCAUGAGAGACCGAGAGGCAUGCAUCUGGGAUCUUGAGGAGCGUCAGCAGCAAGAGAAGCACCAGCUUAUCAAGCAGCAGCUAAAGGACCAGUAUUUCCUCCAGAGGCACGAGUUGCUCAGGAAGCAUGAGAAGGAAAGGGAGCAAAUGCAGCGGUACAACCAACGUAUGAUAGAGCAGCUGAAAAUUCGGCAGCAGCAGGAGAAAGCUCGGCUCCCCAAAAUCCAGCGGAGUGAAGGGAAAACGCGCAUGGCCAUGUACAAGAAGAGCCUUCACAUCCACUCCAGCGGAAGUGCAGCUGAACAGCGGGAGAAGAUAAAACAGUUUUCUCAGCAGGAAGAGAAGAGGCAAAAGGCAGAGCGGCUGCACCAGCAGCAAAAGCACGAGACACAGAUGAAGGACAUGGUAGCCCAAUGUGAAAGCAAUACAAACGAGCUCCAGCAACUGCAGAAUGAAAAGUGUCACCUUUUGAUUGAACAUGAAACGCAGAAACUUAAGUCCCUGGAUGAGAAUCACAACCUGCACAUGAAGGAGUGGCGGGACAAGCUGAGGCCACGGAAGAAGGCUCUGGAGGAUGAGCUGAACCAGAAGAAGCGUGAGCAGGAGAUGUUUUUCAAGCUGAGUGUGGAGGCAGAUGAACAGACCCCAGCAUCCCCAAGCAAACACACCAAGUUCAUCCCCUUCAGCUCCACAGAGAGCUCAUAACCCUGUGGCUGGCAGGACACCAGCUGGGCCUUGCUGCAUCCUCCUGGGCUGUAGUGAGGCAUCUUGGACUUAGAAGACUCUCAGCAGCCUCUUCUCACAGCACCUACCUGUCCCUGUGCUGUCUCUAUGAGAAAUGUGCCUUUGUCCUUCACUGGGAGAUGCUACUGGAUGCUUUGGAGGCUUUUCCAGAGUCUGGCCUGCUCAGCAGAACUCAUGACUGGGAAGAACAAUUUCUGUGGUUUACUUGCACUGUUAGCUGAAUGCGUUGCCUGUGCUGUGAGCCUGGUGCUCAGCGGGCUCAUCAGCUGGAACUGAAGAAUAGCAGCCCUGAGCAGGAGCAGCAGGCAGGGCCUCGAGCACACUGCCAGUGGUUAGGCUGCUUCUCCUAGUCCUCUGUAACUGGCCAGCCUGGGACAAAGCAUCCCUGUGGUGUCUUAUGCAAGCCUUGGCCUUGUUGCCCCCCCACACUUGCCUUAGAUUUAUUUGUAUCUGCCAUGGCCCUCUUUGUCUCAAGGGAGACAGUGAUUUGGAUGUAUUUCCUUCUAGGAGAUAGAGUUGGAUUCCUUCUUUCCUCUUCCUCCCACCACAGACUAUGAAGCUGAGCAUCCUGUCAGAGUGCCUUCAGUUUCUCAUUGUCAUUUCAUUUGCUGUGGUUGCAGGCACCACAGUCCCUCUGCACCUGGCUAACAUUAUCUUAUCAGGCCCCAGACUUGCAGCUAUAAUGUGGGGCUCAUCACUGAACCUCUCAACUGCCUGCAAGUUUUUGUCUCUUGAAGUGUGUGUGCACGUGGGAGUUUGUAAUGUUGUUCAUUCCCAUGGUGUUGCAGCGAGGGGUUACAGGGUGUUAUUGCAGCAGCUCUUAUGGUCACACAUGUGCCUGAGAUUUUUUUUUAAGUGCUAUAUAUGUGUGGGGAUGUAAAUCAGCCACUCUGAAGUCAGGGUCACAGGAAGAAGCAAAGGAGUCUUGAAACAAGGGAUGCAAGGGAAGAGGAGACACAAAGACAGGUCACGAUGGCUUGUUACCCUGUUUUAUCUCCUCGUGAAGUGCUAUGGUCUUUUUGAUGAUUUUCCUGACCUUCAACUUAGCAUCAGGCUGCAGAGAGGCAGAGCAGCAGUGGGCCCAGACUUCCACCCCUCUGUUCUGUGGCGAUGUCUCAGGUGGGUGCUGUUCUACAUCAGCACAAAGCACUGCAUGGCUGAGCUUUGGGUGGGACCUAGAGCACAAACCUGGGAAAGGGAACAGAGACCUCACUGAGCAAGGCCCUCUUUAUGCAAUGGCAGUGACCAAAAGGUGUGUGGUAGCACUUGGGUUUUUCUCUCUUUGAUGUCUGGACAAUUGUUUUGUGCAAGAAGAAAUUUCCCUGUUAAAAAAUAACUAUUAACAUGUAUCAGUUCAGAGAUGUGCUGCCAUUCCAGGGGAAGGUGGUGUGUGGCACGCUGCACUCUCAGCUCCCUAGCUGAAGGAGUCAGCCCCCAGGUCUUUCCCACAUCUUUAUCUGAGGAGUGCAUUCACUACCCAUUUAGAGUUCAUAAUAUGCUUCCUACAAACUAACAAGACUACAUUAAUUUGGGCCAUUCCAAGAUCCUUCUGAAUCUACAUCAUUAAUGUCUUAAUAAACACAGCCUAGAGAUGUAAGGGCUUGGUCCCUUUGCAAGCAGUCUGCGUGGUGACUUUCAAUAGGCUGUCCUAGGGAGGCUGCCUCUCCCAUCUCCAAAAGGAUUGGCUGUGCCUUUCAGAUACGAAACAAACAGAACCAGUUUGGGACAAAAAUGCAUGAACACGGGUUGAUCCUGAACCAGGACGAUGUAUUUGUUUCAGCCUUUUAGUUGCAAUAGAAAUGUACAGUAGCAGUUCCAGUGGUUUAGUUCCCUGUCCCACUGGGGUCAGGCUGGAGCUGUUCAGAAAGAUGGUGGUUGUUGCAGGAAUCAGUGCCUGGUGUGUGGCUUUUGGUUUGGUAUAUGUGACCUGCAGAAGGAUGUCUUGUGGUGUUGCUGCCAUACUUUGUCCAGUUGAAGCAGCCUGCAGCCCCUCUGACCGCCUUCUUGCACCAACCCAAGAGUGUCAGUUCUCUCUGAAUACUGUGCAGCUGUGGGGAUGGAUGGAGACUUUUUGGAAGCUUUUAAAGAGCUGGUUCAAUCCCCUUAGGGAAAUCGGUUGUGCCUUCCUCCAGUGCAGCUCACUCACAGCCUGGAGUUAGCAGCAUGGUUUUGCUUCUGCUAAUUGAGGAUGAGAAUGGUUUUGUCCUCUGCCUGUUCUGCUCUUUCUCCAGAUGUAUUGGUGCUCUGGCACCAAACCCUCUCCAUGCAGAGGGCAGGGGAGCACAUCUGAUGAUAGUCAUGUUUACAGGGAGGUUAGUUUGCCUCCCUUUAAGAAGAGGAUAUUUUGUCGUUUCCCGUUCAGAAGUAACCACAAAUACAUUUUUCUGGGGGGGGGGCGGGGGAUGAGGGGCCAUUUUAUAAAAUGUGGCUUUGAAUAAAAAGACUUUUAAAAUGUUUUGGAGAACAUCUUCAGUGGAGUCAUCACUAUGAUGUAAAGAGCCUUCUAAUAAAGUAACAGACCGAGAAACCCAGCCGUGUGUCUGUUCUGCC